AUGCUGGCAAGGAACGAAAUGAAUGAGCUGCAAGCUUUCUUUUUAUCGACGCCGGCGGACUGGGUGGCUGUGGACAGAGGCGAGCGCGUAGAACGGCUUGUUGUUACCUUGAGACUUUGGGGGAUUUGUUUGCUGCGGUACGGCGUCAGCGCAUGGGCGGCAAGAGACAGAACCGUGAAGUCGCUGUUUGCUGUGGCUCUUCUGGAGGGUGAACGACUGCCAAUGGUCGGCAAACGCCCUGCUGUUUACACCUUUUCGCUGGCGGCUCACCAAGGUUCAAAGGCGUGCACUGCCGCAG